AUGACCCAGACAGAAACCGGUGCGCGUUCCUUCGCUCCCGCCUGGACGCUGGAACGACGCUGGUUCUUUCAAUUUUUUGUUAGUAUUCUUAUUUGCAUCAACAAUGGUGCAUGUUUCUGCUUCGGUAUAUUUAGUCCUUAUAUGAAGCAAGGAGCAUUUAAAUAUAAUCAAUCUCAAGUGAACGCCGUCUCUACAGUGGGUGUAAUAUUAAGCUACUUCUCACUUCCGACAGGUUUUUUGUAUGACAUGAAAGGUCCCAAAGCUACUCUUUUAGUCGGCACUGUAUUAAACUUGGUGGGAUGGCUUGGCAUGUUUCUUAUGUUUAUUGACAUGGAUCACCCUCUUUUAGGAAAAAGUAUUUUUGUAAUGUGUUUAUUCUACGGAAUCUCCCAAUUUUCGGCAAGUUUUUAUGAAACGGGAAGCGUUUUGACAAACCUCGAUGCCUUUUCAUGUUACCAAGGACGAGUAAUUCUUAUACAGAAGACUUUUAUGGGACUCGGUAGCUCAGUUAUUGUACAGAUUUAUAUUGGUUUUUUCGAAACCCGUUUUAGUGGUAUAGGACCUUUUUUUCUGUUUCUAAUGAUUUACUCCCUUACCGUUGGUGUGCUUGGUACGAUAUUUGUGCGUCUUCCGACGGAGGCAACCCAAUGUUUGGGUUUAAACGUUCCUGACGAGGACGUGAUUCAGAGCGGUGGUGGGGAGUCUCGGCUUUUCAAGACUCCAUUUAAUGUUGGAACUGGUAUUUUAUUCGUAAGUAUUCUAUACAUACUUGGGGUAACUUUGUUGGAAAAUUUUUAUUCAAUGUCUGACACUAGUCGUAUUAUUAUUGGAGUUUGUACAAUUAUUUUGUGUAUUAGCUUCAUUAUUAUGGUUGUCGUGACACCAAGUUAUCCUUGUAAUGUUAAAGGGUAUUUGACACAUUCCCCUGCUCCUGCUGCAGUAGGAUUGGAAGGAACAGCCACAGCGGCAUCAGCAUCAGCAUCAAUACCACCAACAUCACUACUGCCAGCACCAGCAGUAGUUACUCUUCCUUCAGAAAGGAUUCCUACAAACAUCUCUGAUGUUAUAGUUGAAGUUCCGGGAUCGAUGAACGAUCACACGGGGAAAGGAAUUGUUUCUCGAUUGAUUUCCAGGAGUGAUACGGAGUAUAGUCUUGAGGAUGUAGCUUCUCGAAGGGAAGGUUAUGGAAGCGAUCAUUCCCUGUCGUCGCCUGAGAUGGAAAAUAAGGAAGAUAAGAUAGAAACAAUUGAGAUAAAGGAACGACAUUUAUCAAAGGGAUGGUCGUCACACCUGGGUGAUAAUUUCACUGUCGAGUCAGAAGCUGCACGGCAAGAAAUAAAGUUAAACUCAAAAGGAUUAUGGUAUAAUAUGAGGCGACGAGAAAUGUGGUUGAUGUGGUACGUUUGCCUGGCUUCGUGGAGCUCGGCAACGGUGGUUUCCACUAAUAGUAGUCAAAUAUACGAAGCUAUGGAUUUUGAAGGGUAUUCUUCUACUCUCAAUGUUGUUUUUGUGUCUAUCUAUGGAGUUGCGAGCGCUAUGGGACGUGUGGCAGUAGGAGUUGCUCACCCUUUUCUUUUGCGUAGAAAGAUUCCUGUUUCUCUCCUGUUUUGUAUAGCGCCUGUGCUUAAUUUCAUUGGACUUCCUCUCUUUCUUGGAAUGCCUAGAAACGCAUUGGUGAUCCCUUUCUUCAUUGUUGGACUUGCAACGGGAGUUUCCUGGGGUAGUACCAUUUUGAUUAUCAAGGGUCUUUUUGCCCCUGAUAACUGUGGAAAACACUACAGUGCACUUUAUACAGCAGGUAUUGUUUCCCCGUUAAUAUUCAAUGUUGCUCUUUUCGGUCCUAUUUUUGAUUACCACAGCAGAGAACAAGGUUUGUGGGAAACGAAACAGUGUAAGGGUCGUGUCUGCAUCUGGAUACCACUUGUAGCAUGUGCUAUAGUGAAUCUUAUAGCACUCCCCUUGUCCAUUUACUUCCUUCUUCGUGUAUCGAAGCGAGGAGGUUUAUAUUAA